GCGCGCACGCUCCGCCGUCCCGUGCACCGAGGCUCCAGUGCGCGCAGCCCCGCAUCCAGUCGCCCGCGAGACGCGAGAAUGAGGCCCGCCGGCGCAGCCUGCCGGACGAGGCAGUGCGGCGCCGAGGCCGAGCUGUAAGUGGUGCCGAGCGACGGACACUGCGCGGGCCGCCGAGAGAGCGUUGCAGUGCGAGGCAUGAGGCGCGCCGACGGGCGCGGGCCGAGUCGGCGCCCGACGGCAGGCCGGGCCGAGCAGCGCGCAGCGGCACCGGCGGCCUAGAGCAGGCGAGAGCCCGCCGCCGCGGAUGCGAUGCCGCGGCCGUCGCGCGACACCUAUGGCGACCAGAAGCCCCCCUACUCGUACAUCUCGCUCACGGCGAUGGCCAUCUGGUCGUCGAAGGACAAGAUGCUGCCCCUAGCCGAGAUCUACAAGUUCAUCGCCGACAGGUUCCCCUACUACAGGAAGGACACGCGCCGCUGGCAGAACUCGCUGCGGCACAACCUUUCCUUCAACGACUGCUUCAUCAAGGUACCUCGAGGGCCGCACCGCCCCGGCAAGGGCGCCUACUGGGCGCUGCACCCGGCCGCGCUGUCCAUGUUCGAGAACGGCAGCCUGCUGCGCCGGCGCAAGCGCUUCAAGCUGCACAAGCCCGACAAGGACCUGCUCAAGACGGAGCUGCAGGCGCUGGCCUCGGCGAUGCCGCCGCCGCGCCCGGACCUCGGCCCCGGCCCCGGCCCGGGACCCGGGCCGGGGCCCGGCCUCGGCGCCGCGCCGCCGGGCCUCGAGGCCCACCUGGCGCCCGCGCCCGCCGGCGGCGGCCUCAGCCCCGGCAACCUGGCGCGCCUGCGCGAGGACCUGCUGCGCUGGGAGAUGCAGGAGCGCCGCAUGGCGCUGGCCUCGGCGGCGGCGCAGCAGGGCUUCGUCGAGCAGCCGCCGGCGCCGGCGCCGCCGCCGCCGGGGCCGGGCGGCUUCUACGCGGCGCGCCCGGCCGACGGCCCGGAGCCGCCGCAGGCCGGCGCGCCCUUCGAGGCCCUGCAGGCCUCCUACGGGGCCUUCUCCUCCUUCGCCGCGGCCUACCUGUACCCCGGCCCCGCGCAGGAGCUGCACUACUACGCGCUGGCCGCGGCGGCGGCCUCCUGCCCGGGCCCCGCGGCGGCGCGCGGCGCCGAAGAGGAGGCGGGCCGCUUCGCGGCCGCGGGCCCGCCGGCGCUCACGGGCCUGGCCGGCGCGGCGGUCGGCGCCGGCAAGCGCGCCAAGAAGCCCUUCACCAUCGAGAACAUCAUCGCGCCGGACGAGCAGCCACAGGCGCCGCAGGACAAGCGGCCGCCGCAGCUGUCGGUGCCGCGGCCCGUGUACGCGCAGGCGGCCUUCCCGCUGCCGUCGGGCGCGCUCGAGCGCCAGCGGCCCGGCUACCCGCAGGCCACCUAGCUCUGCAGCGGCGCCGACCGACUCGUCCAACUAUUUGUAAAUGUAGAGAGCGACCGGACAGCGAUAUAAAUUAUUGUACAUAUUUGACUUCUAGAUCGUAUAAAAAGCCGAAAAUAAAUGACGAUGAUA